AUGAAGAAUUAAGAUUAUGAGGAAUAUGAUUAAGAUUAUGAGAAAAAAGAGAUAGAUAUAAUGGAGAAAUUGCAUAAGAAGAAAAUGGCAGUAAUUGAAAGAUGCUUUCCUGAUAAAAAUUCAAAAGGUUAAGGAUUGACAAUCUAACAGUUUCUGAAAGUGAUGUUAGAGCAUUUAGAUUAUAAUAAGGAUUCAAAAGAGGAGACAAAGAAAAUAACAUUAGCAUUAAUAGAAUUAUUCAAAGAAAUAGAUGUAAAUGGUGAUGGUACAAUGGAAUGGGUAGAAUUUAGUAAUCACAUAAUUGAAUUGGGAUUAUUGAGAAAUGACAGAUCAUUUAAAGAUGUAAUAAAAAGUUAUCAUCCAGCAGAAAAUAUAAAAGAUGAAUAAAAACAUGAAACAGUGAUAGAUAGAGUAUAUUUUUUUGACAGAUUGAAAAUGCUUUUAGUAUUAGAGAAGGAAUCUCCAAAGUUUAAGGUAUAUAAUUCAAAUACAAGUGAAUUGAUUUGGAAUGUAAAUGCUCAUAAAGGAUAUGUAUUAUCAGCUGAAUUUAUUCCUGAUUAAAAUUUAAUUGCAAGUAGUAGUAAUGAUUUGACAAUAAAUUUUUGGGACUCUAGUAGUUUUAACUUAAAAUAAAUACUGUCAGUACCAGAAAUAUAAUUAUGUAUGAGAUAUGCAAGAUGGAGUUCAUCUUAAUCUAAUUUUUUAUAUACAGGAGGAUCAGACUCAAUAAUUCAUAUUUAUGAUACAUAUGAUUUAAAGGAAAGAGGAACUUUAUCUGGUUGGAAUCCAUUUAUAAAGAGAGAUUCAUAAUAAUAUGGUCAUUCAUCACCAAUUGGUGAUAUUUUGGCAAUAGAUCAGUAAAAUACUUUGGUUACAGGAGGUUUAGAUGGAAACAUUUGUUUAUGGGAUAGUGCUACACAUUAACCUAAAAAGGAAUUAAGAGGACAUGAAAAAGGUGUUUAUAGUUUAGAUUGGAGUGAUUGGAGUCCUAUGAAUUAAUGUUUGAUUAGUGCUGGAUUAGAUCAUGAGGCAUUUGUUUGGAAUACUUAUGUAAAAGAAAAGAUUUUUUUAUUAAGAGGGCAUAAUCAUCCGCUUGUUGGUGUUAAAUGUUUGCCUAGAACAUCACAAGUUGUUACUGCUGAUAUUUCAGGGAUGGUUAAAGUAUGGGAUGUCAGAAAUUUUCUUUAAAUUUAAACAUUUAAUGUUCCUGCUGAUGAAAUCUAAGCUUUUACAUUAACAUAUCCAAAAAAACAGAUUGUUGUUGGUGCCAGAAAAAUGUUCUUUUAUGAAUAUGAUGAACCCAAGGAUUAGAUGCUUACUGAUGAAAAAAUGUGUUUAAAAGUCUUAUAUAAUUAAACUUUAACUUGUUUUAUUACUCUUCAUCCUGAUAGUGUAAAAACUUGGGAUGCUAGAACUGGAAAAUUGUAAUAAGUUUAUAGAGAAUUAAGUGUUGCUGAAUUAACAACAAUGAUUAUUGAUGCAAGACAAAGAAAACUAUUUAUAGGAGAUGCUGAAGGUAGAAUUUUCACAGUAAAUAUUAAAAAUGGAGCUAAAAUGAAAAAAUUUGAAAGACAUCAUAAAAUGAUUACUGAUUUAGCACAUUGGAGUAAUGAUACAAAUAGGAGAGUUAUCAGUUGUAGUCGAGAAGAUACUGUAAAUAUUCAUGAUGAAGAUUCUCAAGAUGCUCAUAAAUCUUGUAGAUAUAAAAUGAAAUAGCACCAUUUAAGUGUUAAUUCAUUACAUGUGAAAUAAGAAAGUGAACAUCUAGUGAGUUGUGCAGAUGAUGGAGCCAUUUUUAUUAUUGAUUUAGUUUCUUAUAGAUAAGAAUUAGUUUGGAAGUGUUAGUAUGAAUUAAAGAAGGUUAUGUUUUUGGAAUCGCAUAACUGUAUCAUAAGUGUAGAUUCGAUUGGAAAUGUUUAUUUUAUAGGAGUUCUAGAAAGCAAAUUUAAAUCAAAAUUGUUGUUGUCCAAAACCUAUAAAGCUAUAUCUUUAACUAAUUAAGAAGAAACAGUAAAUUUUAUACAUAUACUUAUAGUUUCCUGUCACUUCUAUUAACUAUCAUGAUAAUUUAUUAUAUUUGGGGGAUGAGUUAGGGAAUUUGAAGAUUUGGAAUAUUAAAUUAGUCUUGGAUAAAGUAGAUCUUCAUUAGGUGGAAUAAAAGAUUAAGACAAGAAAGAAUAAUGAUGCUGAUACCUUUGUAACAGCCAUGGAUUAUGGAUAAGAAGAUAUUGCUUAGGUAUUAAUUAUAGUAUAUCAAAAUAGAUAUUUGUUUUAAGUGAUAUUAAGGAGAUAGGAUAUUAAAGAAAAGCUCAUUAAGAUGGUAUCACAUAUAUAGAAGUUUGUAAAGAUGGAUUUCAUUUUGCAACAUCUUCAUUUGAUUGUUGUUGUUAUUUAUGGUCAUUUAAAAAUGGGUAAAUCUCAAAAAUAGGAGCUUUGAUUUUAGGUCAUGAUGCUAAUUGGGGUUAUAGAAUAGAUGAAAAAUCUAGAUCUGAAGCUGCAGAAUAAGAAGCUAAUGAAUUAUUGGAAGAACUUAAAGAUACUAUUAUUCCUACAAAAAUAGAAAAAAAUGAAGGAUAAAUAAGCUCUUCUAAACAAUAACUCUUAGAUCGAUUGUAUGGGAGUAAACAAUAAAAAGAAUUAUAAUAAUAAUAAAUACAAGCAGAAAAAGAAGAUAAAAAAGAAAAAGCUUUAAGUAGAGCAAAAAAUGCUCUUAAGACUUAUGAAUAAUUUAAAUCAAAAUAAUUUUCAUACUAAAAUACUUAAAAUUAAAAUGAUCAAGAUCAAAAAAGGAUGGAUGAUUCUGAAUUUAAAGAUGUAUACUAAGAAUAAGAUUAUGAUGAAGAAGAAGAAGAUAAUUAUAAUAUACUUACAGACCUUCAAGAAUUCAAACAAUAAUAAUUAUCAUCAGGUGUAUAUUCAAGCAAAAAUGCUUUCAAAACCAAACUAAUUAAAGGACAUCAUAAAUCUAAGUUUUCUUGA